AUGGAAUGGAACAAUGAAUUAUCCCUGAAAUUGAUAGAUGAGUACGAAAAAUGUCGUCUUUUAUGGGAUCCAAAAAAUUUUUUGCAUUUUAAUAGACAGAAGAAGCAGGAUGCUUGGAUUACCAUAGCUAUAAAUUUAAGCAUUAGUGUUUUGGAUGUAAAACAAAAAAUAAGCAAUCUGCUGGGUUCUUUCCGCAGAGAAAAAGCUAAAGGUACACAGACUACUGGAACAGGUAAAGGUGUAAAUAAAAUAUUUUUAUAUUUUCAGUGCGAAAACAUCGACGAAAAUAUUGCCGAAGACCAUGUUUCAGAAAACAUUGAUGUAACUCUGACGGGUAAUAAUGAGACUGGUGGACAUGCUUCAUCUAUAAUAGAAAACCCUGUUUCCGUAAAUAAUGAAACGGACAAGUGCCAUACUUUCCAAUCGCCCAAGCCAAAAAGAAACAAAAUAAGUACAAAGAACAGCAACUCAAGAGCUGAAGAGGCCUAUCUCAUUUUGAAAGAAACCGUUGCUUGUCCGCAAGAACCUGCAGAUCCAUGCUCUGUUUAUGGCGCACAUGUCGGAAACAAAUUAAAAACAUAUAGCCCAAGGACACGUGUUGAAGUUGAGCAUGCAAUAAACCAAAUUUUGUAUGCAGCAGACAGAGGAAAAUAUGAAACUUCUCCCAUGAAUGCGUAUGCACGUAUGGACUGA